CAAACAUCCAUCUCCGCAAUGUCGAUCUAGCUCGCACGACGACGCCAAGCCUGCACAGCAUCUGCAUUAUUGCACCGUUGCGGAGUUUAAUUUCCAUUAGCAAUGCCAGGGUCCGAGGUCACGCAGCACGGGGGCGGCGCGAAGAGCGGCAGCAGCAGGGGCGGGAACCGUGGCGGCAGUGGCAGCGGGCGGCAUCCGACGUACCGCGGCGUGCGGAUGAGGGCGUGGGGGAAGUGGGUGUCCGAGAUACGUGAGCCGCGCAAGAAGUCCCGCAUCUGGCUCGGCACUUUCCCGACGCCCGAGAUGGCCGCGCGCGCGCACGACGCCGCCGCGCUCGUCGUCAAGGGCCCCUCCGCGGUGCUCAACUUCCCCGAGAUGGCCGCGUCCCUGCCACGCCCGGCCUCCGCCGCGCCACGCGACGUGCAGGUCGCGGCCGCGCGCGCCGCGUCGAUGGACCCCAUGGCGAUCGCGGCGCCAGAGCCAUCCCAGCCGGGAGGACAGGUGUUGAUUGACCAGGAGGAGGAGGAACUCGAGGAGAUCGUCCAGCUUCCGCCCAUCGACGAGGACUUCGCGGCGGACGUCAUGUUCUGGACGACGUCGUUCCACGACUGUGCUGCAGAGCCCUGGUACGAGCCGGCUGCGUGGAUGCACGCCGCCGGCAUUGCGGCCAACGACGACAUGGUCGUGCCGGGGUUCGAUACUGACCAUCAGCUCUGGACGCAGCCGGCCGACGGCAUCAUGGCUUCGGGGUUCGGUGCGCUCUUGUGGAACUUGUAAUGACUAACCAAUCCUCCCACCCCCCCC